AUGAAUACAUUAAAAUUAAUUUUAAUUAUUUAUUUUAUUAUAUUUUCUAUUUUCUCAAUUAUUUUAGCAGAUAGACGCGCAAUGUUCGAAGAUGAUGGAAAGUUUUUGCCCCACGUUCGUUUAUCAAAAGAUUUAGUUGAGAAAUAUGAUAAUAGAGUUCGUCCUGUAUUAAAUCAUUCAAGACCAACAUUUGUUAAUUUUACUAUGAGUCUUUAUCAAAUUUUGGCUAUAAAUGAGAAAGUGCAAAGUGUUGAUUUAAAUCUUUGGGUAAUUCAAAAAUGGCAUGAUGAGUUCCUUGGAUGGGAUCCAAAUAAAUAUGGGGGAAUAAAUGACACAAUAUUGCCUCAUGAAAAGAUUUGGUUACCAGAUACUUAUUUAUAUAAUUCUAUGGUUAUGAAUAGAGAAGAAACUGAACGUUAUAUUAAUGUUGUUGUUAGUACUGAACAUUGGCGAAGUAAACGAGGAGCACAAGUUAUUUUUAUGUAUCCAGCAUUAUAUAGAGUUAGUUGUCGUAUUAAUAUAUUAUAUUUUCCAUAUGAUCAACAAAAUUGUACUUUAAUUAUUAGUUCUUGGACUUCAGAUAUUAGCUCAAUUGAUUAUCAACCAGAUGCUAAUUCUGUUAAUUUACAUAGUUUUAUUAGAAACGAAGAAUGGGAAGUUGUUUCUUUUGAAAUUCAGAGAGUUGUGCAAAAAUUUGUUUGUUGUCCAGAACCUUGGGUUCUUUUACAUGCAUCUCUCGUUGUUAGGCGUAAACCUCUUUAUUAUAUUGUAAAUUUAGUUUUGCCAACUUCAGUAAUUACUUUAGUUGCCGUUACUGGAUUUUUCACUCCAGCUUCUACAAGCAAUGAAAGACGAGAAAAACUUAGUCUUGGAAUUGAUUCUUUAUUGGCUAUGAGUAUUCUUAUGAUGAUGGUUAGUGAACAAAUGCCCACAACAUCUGAUUAUCUUCCUUUAUUUGGUAUUUUCUACCUUUCAAUUAUUUUAAUUAUUUUUGCUGGCACAUUAAUAACUGCUUUAGUUUUAAAUGUUCAUCUUCAAAAAAUUUAUAAUAGGCCAAUAUCUCCAUUAAUUUCUUUUAUUUUCUUUCAUAAAUUGGCUCCGUGGAUGGGUGUUAGGCCCUCCACUGUUCUUUUAGAACUUUGGCAAGAAACUGGUGUAUAUAUUCGAGGACUAAGUGAUAAAUUAUCAACAAGAAAGGAACGUAGACGAACAGCUUUUGGGAGUAAAAGUUUAAGAAGCAAAUCUAUUCGAAGUACAAAAGAUGGAAUUAUGUUGAAAAGAUUUUCAACUGGAGGAAAAUUUGGAAAUAAUUCUUUGAAUAAAGAAGAAAGUAAAGGUUUUGAAUUAAAAACUCGUCAAUGGCGCCAUUCUCCCUCAAUAUUUUAUGACGGAAAAGGUGAUCAACAACAAUUCUUUUCUUUAGAUAUUAAUCACAAUAAUGGAUUAACAAUUGAAAAGUCAAUUAAAGCAAGACAAAAUUGGAGAAGAAUUGCCCAAAUGGCAUAUGCUAAACAUAAAGAAUUAAUUGAACGUGGAGGAGAACAAAAUAUUUUACUUUUAGAUGAAAUUCCUUAUGCAGAUAUUUCCCCAGGACGAAAUUCUUUUAUUUUACCUUCCCAACAACAACAAUCACAAUUAGAUUAUCUUCAAUUACCUUUAAAUAAUAAUAAUUUAAAUAAAAAAUUAAUUACUAUUUCCUCUCCCCCAAAUAAAUGCCCCCCACCAAUUCCAAAACAAAAUAAAAAAGAAAAUUUAAAUAUUUACCCAACAACUUCUUCAAAUAAUUCUUUACCCAAUUCUUUUCAAUUAUUAUUAAUUCCCCCAAAAAUUGGGGGUGGGGGAGGAGGAAAUGAAACAACAAAAAUUAAUGCUGCAGCAGUUUUAGAUUUAAAACUUCGUAGACGUUUUGCACAUGAAUGGGAAUUUUUGGCAACAGUUUUGGAUAGAGUUUUACUUAUUAUAUUUUCUGGGCUUGUAAUAUUUGUGACUGGUGCUAUGAUUCUUUGCGGCGAAGUUAUUCUUAGGUCUUAUCCGAACAGUCCAGAAUAGAUUUUUUAAAAUAAAAAGAAUCAAUAAAAUAUUUACAUAAAUAUACAUAUGUACAUAUUU